GCAGCUGGCCAAAAUGGCCAGCCGGAAGAAUCCCUGGGUCCCUCGGACUCUACCUGCCAAGACCUUCAUGAGUGGAAGUCACGGUCACUCAGUUUGGGUCACCAGAGGGUUCCCGCAGAGGAGAAACCCUGUAACAGCAGCGACCACGUGGAAAUCCUCGGCCACGACCCCAGUGGCCAGCCACGCGAGGAAGUCCCCUUUACGGAGAAGCCACUCGUGGGCAGCCGGUGUGAUGUGGACUGCAGUCAGGACUCAGAGCUGCUGCUGCUGCAUCGGGGGGGCCAAGGCGGAGAAAAGCCCUACAGGUGUGAGCAGUGCGGCAAGGCCUUCAGCAGGAGCUCCAGCCUGCUCAUCCACCACGCCGUGCACACGGAUGAGAAGCCCUACAAAUGUGACAAGUGCGGCAAGGGCUUCACCAGGAGCUCCAGCCUGCUCAUCCACCACGCCGUGCACACGGGCGAGAAGCCCUACAAAUGUGACAAGUGCGGCAAGGGCUUCAGCCAGAGCUCCAAACUGCACAUCCACCAGCGGGUGCACACGGGCGAGAAGCCCUAUGAGUGUGGAGAGUGUGGGAUGAGCUUCAGCCAGCGCUCCAACCUGCACAUCCACCAGCGGGUGCACACGGGCGAGAGGCCCUACAAGUGCGGCGAGUGCGGCAAGGGCUUCAGCCAGAGCUCUAACCUGCACAUCCACCGGUGCACCCACACCGGGGAGAAGCCCUACCAGUGCUACGAGUGCGGCAAGGGCUUCAGCCAGAGCUCAGACCUGCGCAUCCACCUGCGGGUGCACACGGGCGAGAAGCCGUACCAGUGCGGCAAGUGCGGCAAGGGCUUCAGCCAGAGCUCCAAGCUGCUCAUCCACCAGCGGGUGCACACGGGCGAGAAGCCCUACGAGUGUGCCAAGUGCGGCAAGGGCUUCAGCCAGAGCUCCAACCUGCACAUCCACCAGCGGGUGCACAGGAAGGAGCCACACUGAAGACAGGAGCCGGCUCGUCCCUGGAGAGCGCUCUAACAGGAAGGGCCCGGUCUUUCUCACGUCACCCUUCCUCUCUAUUCCACAGAGGACAGAGGACCGGCUGCCUCCAGAUGAGCUCUUGCAUUGAACACAAUCAUCCACUCCUUCAGUG